UGCCUUCUUAUUAAUACAGACUUUUCAGAUGCUUGUGUAAAAGCAGUAUUUAGACUGUUGUUCGUUAUUCAGGUCAACUAUAGAGAUAACAGGUCAAGAAGAGCACUUGAAAAAGUUGUUAAGACACUUGCAGAAAAACAUGGAACGUCUGCUGUCAAGUAUUUUUGUGCUGCAUUCUCUGGUUUGGAAARUUACAUCAAAAAGUGCUAUCACAGUCCCAGUACUAGUGGUGGUUUUCUAGUGCCGUUCAAGUGGUCUUGUAUACUGGUAUCAAAUGUUUACAGUCAAGACAAAAAGUGUCAAGGGACAGAAUGGCUGAAGCUUGUACAGUGUCAGUCAUUGGCAGUGUAUGGCGUACUGUGUGCUGGUAAUGGGAUUGUUUGUAGUAUAGUCACCAACAAGCUGCAGGCAAUAUGGAAAAAGAUUCCUGGUAUUCCUGGCCAAUAUGCAAAGGCAAUAAGUGAAUUUGAACCAUCUGAGUAUUCUCUGUGUUUGGCUGGGUUAUUGUUUACACAUUGUUCAAAGAGUAAGGUGGACUAUCCUGCUAUUGCCAAGUAUAAGAAACCAUUGAUUGAUGUUUAUAUCAAGAAUGUUCUUAUGAGUAAAACCAAGCUAAUUACACCAAUAUUGAAACAAUGUUCAGAGUUCCUGUGUCACUUGAACCGUGAAGAUUUCAGCGAGUUAAUCUUGCCAGCAUUGUUGAAGUCUUUACUGAGAAGUCCUGAAGUCAUUUUGGAAUGCACAACUUAUUUAAUUUCGUCUCUGUCUAUUGAUUUAUCUAAAUUUGCUGUGAACAUUUGCAAGAACAUAUCAGGUCAGUUCAAAGCCAAGGAAGAAAUCCACAGACAACAAGCCCUGUCUGUUCUUCAACAACUAGCUGAUCAUUGUAGUGAUCCCAAUGAAGUCAGUGAUCUCCUAAACUACCUUUUUGGUGUCCUGUCAGGUUCUGAGGGAAAGCUAACAGUCUGGAAUGAUAGAGUGACAAUAAUUGAGGCUAUCGGUAAACUGGAAGGGAACUCCAUUGGUAACAGCUCAUCAAUGGAAGGACUUGUUAAGACUGUCAUUGUUAAGAUGGUGCCUUAUAUCCAACAAGAAGUCCAGGAGACUGUUGUUGUAUCAGGAUUAUCUGUCAUGACUCUGUGGUGUAAACAUAUCACUUCYGAAGUCCCCAAACAACUAUUAGAAGCAUUCAAGAAAGGAAUGAGUAACAARGUUUCCACUGCUGUAGUUCAAAGUGGUUUUAUUCAAUGUAUGGGAGCUAUAGAUCGUGCAGUUAGCCAACCACAUCAGACAGCCAUAGUAACAGCAGGGAUCAUGGCUGCAUCAAUCCUUGUCAGGCUUUCUUUGGCUGACAUUAAAGCUGAGUCUAAGCUUGGUUCAUUCUGGACUUCUUUUCUUGAUAGCAAGAAAACUGUGUUUGUUGCUGAAAAGUAUCUUAUGUCUGCCUCACCAGAGGCUCUACAGGCCUUGCUAUGUACAAUUGAAACUUUAUUCAUCAAUCACUCUCAUCGUUUGAACACAACCAAUAGCCAGCCAUGGUAUCAUGCAAUCCUGUUCUUGUUAACAACCAAAAACCACAAGCUAUAUCAAGAAACCAAGGUGUUUCUACACAAACUAUGUGUGUCUUCUGGUCAAGGGUCUUUUGCUCACCAGUCAGCKCUUUUCUCAGAAUUUUCAUCCCUUCUGCUACAACAACAGGCAAUGAUAAAGACCAAAGCAGCAAUGAAUGGUGAUGUUAAYGGCAUCGAUGAUUCAAGUAAUGCAUGUAUUUCUGCCAARAUCAUGUGCAAUGUUCUCCARACACUUGCAUUGAUGYCUUAUAAAAGUGAUGGCAGCCUUGACGAAUCCAGUCGCGAAAGCAUUGCACUCGCAAUUWUGCCUUACUGUCACCAYCCACUUUUAGUGUCAUACAAGAAAGAUUUCUGGGUAGAAAUAGUGUCAAAAUUGAAAUUGGACACACAAUCGUUUGUACAGACGUAUGAMAGUCARAUUAUGGACAUGAUAGUUAACAAACAAGCAAACAAUGAGAUUCCUCAGAACAUUGUAUCAACUUUAGCCAUUGUUUCACCAUYGUCACUACCCAACAUCAUAACACAUUUGAUGACAAGUUURGGUGAYGAUAGGUUUGUUCAAGUGACGAUGGAUGAUGUUGGUGUCAUGGAAACCCCUGAAGGUCAGAUCUAUAACAAGAAAGUCUUAGAAAGCUUGAAGCAGUCAGAAAAGACAAAAUUUCAAAAUGUGAAGAAAGAAUCCAAGGCAUAUUCCUACGAAGACCAGAAGUGGGUCAUGGAAUUUGAAAAGGAACGACUGGAGAAAAAGAAAGCAUCUGGUCUUCUGUCUUUUAGAGAYGAAUUGAGUGAGAAAGAUAAAGAAGUAUAUGAUAAUCAACUGAUUGCUGAGGCUGAAAUCAGAAAGAAAACCCAGCAGAUAAAGGGAGAGCUGUCCAAUCUGGUGGUGUUAUUGCUCAAAGCRACAGAGUCUAACCAGACAGCCAUGGGAAAGUUCAUUCCAUCAAUGCURCCAGUUCUUUUAUCUUUACUCAAAUCACCUCUAGCUGCUCCUCUGGUUGUUCCUGUMAUUCUUGCCUUGAGGAAGUGUGCCUUUGAAGAGAAGAAAAACAGUUUUGGAAUGGUUGUCACACAAGCGACAUUACGUCUUUUACAGCCACAAUGUAAACUUGAUGGCAARUGGUGUCAAGAAGAUCUCCAGUCAGCAGUGACGCGGGCUGUGGAUGGCUUGCAUUCUUUAACCGCACCCACUGACGAUAGUGGGGCACACCCUCUCUCUGCCCCUAGUUUUGCCUACUGCUUCCCUCUKCUGAACUCUGUUCUGAGAGCUGGUGGUGCUGCAGUCAAGAAGAAUGAUGACCUGAGGCUUAAAGYUCUACAGAUUGUGUCUCAUCAUUGUCAGUUAAGAAGUCAAUCGGAUGAUGAAGARUCUGAUGAGAGUGGUCCAGAAUUGCUCCCGAGAACUGCAAUGUUUACACUUCUUACAGAGAUCAUUUCAACAAGCUCUGAUAGUAUCAAAGGAUCAAGACUCCAGCAACUGGCCUCGUUAUGUCUUGUGGAACUCUGCAAGUCAAUAAGCGGAGAAGAAGGUUGUUCUGUGGCUGAACAAGAAGAACUUGAAGUUCUUUUGAAAGGCCUGGAGUCGCCAUCUACAGUUUUAAGAUUUUCUGUCUUAAAAGGUCUUACAAACAUGACAUUUAUACCGCCACCAGUUAUGAACGAACUCGGUCGAGUCAUUUCCGAUCCAUAUGUUGAUCCUUACUUUGCAAGAUCAGGAAUYGCUCAGGCAUUGGGUAAACUAUCGCCGUGUCUUGAUGAAGAUCAGGUAUUACAAACUUCGCAUCAGACAGUGCAGCAGGCUGUUGCCAAUUGUCUUCCUCCAUUAGUUCCUGCCAUAAAGGCUGAAGCACCUGAGUACGUGGAAAAACUACUUCACCAGCUAUUGGAGUCCAGUGUCUAUGGUGAGCGUCGAGGAGCCGCAUAUGGACUUGCAGGAAUGGUAAAGGGACUCGGGAUUUUGCAUCUAAAACAGCUUAAUAUCAUGAACAGACUGCAAGAUGCCAUUCAGAACAAGAAGGUCUACAGGCAUCGGGAAGGUGCGCUGUUUGCGUUUGAGAUGUUGUGUACAAUGCUUGGCAGGCUGUUCGAGCCUUACGUUGUCCAUCUACUUCCUCAUCUUCUGCUGUGCUUUGGGGACGGGAAUCAAUAUGUUAGAGAAGCUACAGAUGACACUGCUCGUGCUGUCAUGAAGCAUCUUAGUGCCCACGGUGUCAAGCUUGUUCUGCCAUCUUUACUUGCAGCCCUUAACGAAGACUCGUGGAGAACCAAGUCAGGCAGUGUAGAGUUACUUGGAGCCAUGGCAUACUGUGCGCCAAAGCAGCUGUCCUCAUGUCUUCCAAGUAUUGUUCCCCAAUUAUGUAAAGUCCUCACUGACUCUCACUUGAAGGUCCAAAACUCUGGUGCUCAGGCCCUCAAACAAAUUGGCUCGGUCAUCAGGAAUCCCGAGAUUCAAGCUAUCUCAUCGGUGCUACUUGAAGCGUUAAUGGACCCUUCCACYAAGACGGCGCCAUGUCUACAAGUCUUGUUACAGACGUCGUUUGUGCACUUCAUUGAUGCUCCUUCUCUCGCUCUUAUAAUGCCCGUCUUACAGCGCGCAUUAAGCGAACGAUCAACAGAAACAAAGAAAAUGGCUUCACAGAUUAUUGGCAAUAUGUAUGCACUCACUGACGCCAAGGAUUUAUUGCCAUAUUUAUCUUCUGUUGUUCCUGGUCUUAAACAGUCUCUUCUGGAUCCUGUACCAGAGGUACGCGCUGUAUCAGCCCGUGCUUUAGGUGCGCUGGUCAAGGGAAUGGGAGAAGACCAUUUUGAAGAYUUGUUGCCAUGGUUAAUGGAGACACUGACGUCAGAGAACAGUAGCGUAGACAGAUCUGGUGCUGCUCAAGGUCUUAGUGAAGUGUUAUGUGGUCUUGGUAAAGAACGUCUUGAGAAACUAAUGCCAGAAGUAAUCUCAACCACUGAGAAAAGUGAAUUGGCACCACAUGUGCGCGAGGGCUACCUCAUGCUGUAUAUUUACUUACCUACGACAUUCAAAGAAGACUUUACUCCAUAUGUUGGACCAAUUCUGCCGUCCAUUCUGCAGGGACUUGCAGACGAAGUAGAGUUUGUUCGUGAUACAUCGUUGCGUGCUGGACAGCGUGUUGUUAACGUGUAUGCCGAGACUGCCAUUGAGCUGUUCCUACCAGAGCUUGAGAAUGGCCUAUUUGAUGACAACUGGCGUAUUCGACACAGUUCAAUUCAGCUUCUCGGUGAUCUGUUGUACAAAAUAUCAGGUGUUACUGGGAAGAUGAGCACAGAGGGUGAUGAGGACGACAACUUUGGAACGUCUGUAUCUAACCAGAAAAUCAUCGAUGCCCUUGGUAGUGAACGGCGUAAUCGCGUGUUGGCGGGUCUUUACAUGGGUCGUUCUGACGUGUCUCUUAUGGUCAGACAAGCUGCUCUCCAUGUAUGGAAAGUCAUUGUGCCGAACACACCCCGAGUGCUUCGCGAAAUCCUCUCGACAUUGUUCUCGUUGUUGCUCGGGUGCCUAGCGAGCAAGAGUUUUGACAAACGACAGGUUGCAGCCAGGACACUAGGGGAUCUAGUACGUAAACUAGGUGAGCGAGUUCUACCUGAAAUCAUCCCGAUCCUCGAGAAUGGUUUAARCAGCGAUAAAAGCAAUGAACGUCAAGGUGUCUGUGUUGGUUUAAGCGAGAUAAUCAGCUCUACAAGCAGAGACCAAGUGAUACAAUACGUUGACUCGGUAGUUCCCACAGUGCGCCGCGCACUAUGUGAUGAAUUGUCAGAUGUACGAAAGGCUGCCGCUAAAACCUUUGAUAAUCUAUAUUCUACUAUUGGAGUGAAGGCCCUGGACGAUAUCCUACCUGAUCUGUUGAACAAAAUGGACGACUCGUCUUUGAGUGAAUAUGCUUUAGAUGGACUGAGGCAAGUGAUGCAGGUUAACAGCCGUGUGGUAUUGCCUUUCCUUGUACCAAAGUUGAUCGCCCCUCCAGUCAACUCCCGUGCGUUGGCAAUCUUAUCAUCUGUUGCCGGCGAAGCGUUAACCAAUCACUUGUCCAAGAUUCUUCCAGCCCUGCUGAACGCCAUGCAGAUGUCGGCCGGCGGUGACACUGAACAACAGGAACUCGACGCCGCCAAGAAACUGGUUCUGUCAGUAGAAAGCGACGCAGGAGUAAAAACAGUUAUUGAAGAACUUAUUGAGGUCACAAAACAUCAAAAACCAGGCAUGAGAAAGGCUGCCAUUAUCCUGUURCAUACAUUCUGUAACGAGACCAGAGCAGAUUACUCGGACUUCAUCCAWCAAUUGUUUCGUUAUGUGAUUCAUUUACUCAACGAUGAUGAUGUGGAUGUAGUGGUGAAACUAGAUGCCAGUGAUCAAGUCCAAUACAUCGCUCCAUUACGACAAGCAAUUAAAUACGUACAAGAAGAAGUCCGAAAUGGCGAACUUCCAGGUUUCUGCCUGCCUCAAAAGGGUAUCAAGUGUAUUCUGCCAGUAUUCAGGGAAGGAAUCCUAAAUGGAACUCCUGACCUCAAAGAACAAGCUGCUAAUGGCCUUGGUGAGGUGAUAAACUUGACGAGUGCUGCAGCUCUCAAGCCGUCAGUCGUCCACAUCACUGGUCCUCUUAUUCGUAUCCUUGGUGAUCGCUUUAGUUGGAAUGUUAAGGUGGCUGURCUGGAAACUUUAGGGCUGUUGCUAGGCAAGGUUGGUGCGCUGUUGAAGCCRUUCUUACCUCAGCUACAGACAACGUUCGUCAAGGCUCUCAAUGAUCCCAAUAAAACUGUCCGCCUCAAGGCAGCUAGUGCGUUACAUAAGCUUGUCACGCUACACACACGUGUUGACCCUCUCUUCACCGAACUACAAAAUGGCGUGAAAAACAAUGAAGAUUUUGCCAUUAAGGAAACGCUGUUGCAAGCRUUACGAGGAGUGAUUUCUGGCGCAGGAAUGAAAAUGGGCGAAGGAGUACGAAAAACUUUAACAACGACACUGGUGACGUUACUGGGGCACGGAGAGAAUAACAUUCGUGUAGCUACGGGAAUCUGCAUCGGAUCAUUGGCUCUUGUGCUGCCYGAUGAAGAGUUGGAGAAUCUUAUUAACGAACAUCUUACGGUCAAUGAUCCUACAAUCGAUUGGACACUGCGCCACGGUCACGCUAUUGCCCUGUCAGCGGUUUUACACGAUGCYCCUGAAAAGGUCAUGGCUUGUGGGUUAUAUGACGUAAUCACCGAUGCCGCUAUUGCCCAUGCCUCAACGGACAGGAUCCCCAUUGGAAGUUAUGGAGUGCGCUCUCUUGGAUUUCUCCUAUCGCAGUCCAAACAACAGUCUAAACCACCUUCUCCGCCAGUCAUACAAACUCUAGCUCAGAACAUCAAAAACAGCUCAACMGAAGUGCGCAACCUUGCUGCUUACGCCGUCAAGUUUGCCUCYGAUUCAAACGACCARCCAUUUGACACAACAACCCUUAAAUCACUGGUUCCUUCAUUGAUUGGUUCGGCUAAAGACAAAAACAGCUCUGUGAAGGCUUCAUCGGAGUCUGCAUUGGCUGCUCUUUUGAAACUGGCCUACAAUGAUGACACGUUACAGACCUGUACCCGUUUCCUAGACAACAUCAACUCGGAYCUCCUAAAUGACAUGUGUAAGAAAUCACUGCGCAGAAUCGCCAACCAAGAUGAAGUUGGAAUCAACGAAAUAACGAGUCCUUACAACAUGGACCUUGGUUAGAUUACUUGCACGCUUGAAUUAGUAMUAGUGGUGGAGAAAUCAUCUCAAAUCUGAAACUGAGUUAUAAAGCCCUUGCAGUGGAGUGAGUGGAGUUCCAUCUGGUGGGGACAAAUUAAGGAAUCGUUGUGUCCAAGAGUUUAAAAUUCUUUUAUCCUCCAGAUAUAGGUUAUUUGACGUCACAUGCAAGGGGUCCAUAUKUUAUUGUUCUCACGGAGACUGUUUGUUAAUGGUUACUUUAAAAAAAAAUAGGUACAAGAAGUAAGUUAGAGUUAAUACUUUUUCUGCAGUUUCCUACCCUCCCUAUUUCAACGUCAUUUUUCACUUAAUGUUAAUUCCUCCCUAUUCAACAUGUUUACGACAUAAACCGGAAGUAACUUAGGAAUUGAAAAAAAUUCUUUUUGAAUUUAACAAGAAGCAAGAAAAUGUACUUUUCCUACAGACAAGGAAUUUUUCUUGAAUCUAGGUGAAUGGAAUCUCUAGAUAUUUGCCAUCUAAAYUMCUUCAGGGCCCWUAGGCCUCGUUUCCAUUCCUUUGUUUUCUAUUGUUUUCAAUUCACUUCCGGCUUACGUCAUAAGCAUCUAUCCUGACGGAAGCAUUCGCUCGCAGAACAUUGUAGUUUUGUGUGGACGGUGUUUGUGGACGCUUUCACGAAUAACCAUGUACAGUGUCUACGUUUGAACAAAACAUUAAUUUCAGAUUUGAGGUGGAAAAUUCUUCAACACUGUUUUUGAAUAAUUGUCGAUUCUUUCAAGCAAAACUAAGCAAUAAUUAAAGAUUUUAUGUUGAACGUC